UGACCCUUCUUCUUCUCCUCCUUCUGCUUUUCUUCAUACCCUUUUCAUAUAAAAACUAUAUGCUGUUUCUGCUUCUUCUUCUACAUGCAAAACUGCUACUACUUUCAUCCUAUAUAUAAUCUACUUCUCAAGAGUUCUUUCAAGCUUUUGUGAUCUCUUUGUGAUAUUCAAUAACCAUUAUCACACCACACACAUGGGGUCUAUGAACUUGUUGGGGUUUUCUCUCUCUCCUCAAGAACACCCUUCUAGUCAAGAUCACUCUCAAACACCACCUUCCCGUUUUGGCUUCAACCCUGCUGGAAUCUCAAGCACUGAUGUUGCAGGAAACUGUUUUGAUCUCACUUCUGACUCAACUCCUCAUCUACUCAAUCUUCCUUCUUAUGGCAUAUAUGAAGCAUUUCACAGAAACAAUGACAUUCACAACACUCCUCAAGAUUGGAAAGAGAACUACAACAGUCAGAACUUGCUGUUAGGAACUUCAUGCAGUGACCAAAACAUGAACAACAAUCAACAUCAACAACAACAGCAACCAAAGCUUGAAAACUUUCUGGGAGGACAUUCUUUUGGAGAACAUGACCAAACCUACGGCGGUAACUCAGCCUCAACAGAUUACAUGUUUCCGAGUCAGCCAGUGGCCACCAGUGGCGGCAGUAGCACAGGCAAUAGUAACUCCAUAGGGUUAUCCAUGAUAAAGACAUGGCUGAGGAACCAACCGCCACCGUCAGAAAACAACAACAAUGAAAGUGGUGGGAACAGUGGAAGCAGUGUGCAGACUCUCUCACUUUCUAUGAGUACUGGUUCACAAUCCAACACUUCACUUCCUGUUCUCUCUGCAAAUGUGGAAAAUGGAGAGAGUUCUUCAGAUAACAAACAACCACCAACCACUGCUGCACUUGAUACCAUCCCAACAGGAGCCACUGAAUCUGCACCCAGAAAGUCCAUUGACACGUUUGGACAAAGAACUUCUAUAUACCGUGGUGUAACAAGGCAUAGGUGGACUGGGAGAUACGAGGCUCAUCUGUGGGAUAAUAGCUGCAGAAGAGAGGGACAAACUCGCAAAGGAAGACAAGUUUACUUGGGAGGCUAUGACAAAGAAGAAAAGGCAGCUAGAGCCUAUGAUUUGGCAGCACUAAAAUACUGGGGAACAACCACAACAACAAAUUUUCCAAUUAGCCACUAUGAGAAAGAGGUGGAAGAAAUGAAGCACAUGACCAGGCAAGAGUACGUUGCGUCAUUGAGAAGGAAGAGUAGUGGGUUUUCUCGCGGUGCAUCCAUUUAUCGAGGAGUAACAAGACACCAUCAACAUGGUAGAUGGCAAGCAAGGAUUGGGAGAGUUGCAGGCAACAAGGAUCUUUACUUGGGAACAUUCAGCACUCAAGAAGAAGCAGCAGAGGCUUAUGAUGUUGCGGCCAUAAAAUUCCGAGGACUGAGUGCUGUUACAAACUUCGACAUGAGCAGAUACGAUGUGAAGAGCAUACUUGAGAGCACUACCUUGCCGAUUGGUGGUGCCGCCAAGCGUUUGAAGGACAUGGAACAGGUGGAACUGAACGUGGAAGCUCAUAGAACAGACCAAGAGGAUCAUAGCAGCAUCUUGAACUCUCACCUUACUCAAGGUAUCAGUAACAACUAUGCAGGAGGAACAGCAACAGCUCAUCAUAACUGGCACAAUGGUCUUUCAUUCCACCAACCUCAGCCUUGCACCACCAUGCACUACCCUUAUGGACAGAGACUAUGGUGCAAGCAAGAACAGCACGACAAUUCUGAUACCUCUCAUCCUUUGUCUUAUCCUGAGAUUCAUCAACUACAGCUAGGGAAUAACGGCACACACAACUUUUUCCACGCAAAUUCCGGCUUGCACCCUAUCAUGAACAUGGAUUCUGCUUCCAUUGACAAUAGCUCUUCGUCUAACUCGGUGGUUUAUGAUGGUUAUGGAGCUGGUGGGGGCUAUCUGAUACCUAUUGGGACUGGUACUGUUGUUGCAAGUGACGGUGAUCAUAGUAAUAUAAGAGGAAGUAAUGGUUUUGGUGAUAAUGAGAUGAAGGUACUUGGUUAUGAAGGUCUUUAUGGAUCGAAUGAUGCUUAUCAUGCACAUGCAAGGAACUUGUAUUAUCUUUCCCAACAGCAAUCAGCUUCUGUAGAUGUAGUGAAGGGUAGUGCAUACGAUCAAGGCUCUGCAUGCAACACUUGGGUUCCAACUGCAAUUCCAACUCUUGCACCUAGGUCUACCAGCAUGACUCUCUGCCAUGGUGUUCCACCCUUCUCGUUAUUGCAUGAAUAGGUGGAAAACUGGGGAUGAUGACAAUGAUGCAUAUAUUUCUGACUUUCCUUCUUCCUCCUUAUAUGAAGUUGCUAAUUUGACAGUGUGCACCUUUUGAAGACGAGAAUAUAGUGUUUCUUUCAUCAUCUCUAACUUGCAGAUCCUUAUUUCACUAGGGUCUGGUCUAAGUAAUCUAGCUAGCCUCAAGUUUAGUCAUGGCAGAACCAUUUGCUGUGAAUUUUGGUGAUUAACAUGUGGACAGAUAGAUCAUUGGGAUGCUUCUUUUUUUAUUUUCACCGGGUUUUGUAAUUCUGGAAUAACAAGGAUCAUACAAAGGGUGGAGUUUUCAUCAA